UAAGCUCAUCGAACAUGGCUCGAGUUUUGUUUUUCCUCAGCCUCAGCUUGGCUGUGACCUUUGGCAGCUGUCGCCAGCUACGCAUAUCGCUGCAUGGCGUGGAAAACCCUUUAGGGUCGGAGCUGUUCAAUCGAUUUCUCUCCAUCAACUCGAGCACAUCCAGCAACGAGACUGACAAGAUCCGACUGCCGCUGAGGAAUCGUAAUAAUGUGGAGUACUUUGGCAUCGUCAGCAUGGGUACGCCCAAGCAGAUGUUCAAGGUGAUGCUGGACACGGGCUCCUCGAACACCUGGCUGCCAUCGAGCAACUGCGCGCGCAGCAAUUGGGCCUGCCAGAACCACAGGCGCUACGACUCCUCCAGGUCCAGCAGCCAUGUCAAGGAUGGACGCAACUUUACGCUCUUCUACGGUGCUGGCAGUGUGAUUGGUUACCUCUCAAAGGACACGUUACACUUUGGAGGGAAGGAACUGCCAAACCUGAUCUUCGGUGAGGCCAUGUUCCAGUACCAGGAGGUAUUCGAUUCGGUGAUCUUCGACGGCAUUGUAGGUCUGGGUCUGGGCGAGCGUGCCUGGGCCAAUUCGACGCCCUUCCUGGAGCUACUCUGUGAGCAGCAUCUCGUGGAUGAGUGUAUUUUCUCCGUGUACCUACGACGCGUGCCGGGCUCUUUGCGAGGCGGCGAAAUCAUCAUCGGCGGCAUCGAUAAAUCCCGCUUUAGUGGCUCCAUUCAUUACGUUCCGCUCACGGAGUACGGCUACUGGAAGUUUGAGAUGACUAAAGUAUCCGUGGGCCUGGAGAAAAUCGAUGUGGGUGUGAGUGCCAUUCUCGACACGGGCACUUCCAAUAUCCUGAUACCCGAACAGAGCUACGACAUCCUGCACAAGGCGCUGAAAGCCACGUCUGAUUAUGGUCUAAGCUUCGUCACCUGCGAGCUCGAUUCGCUGCCAAAUAUCAAACUGCUGAUUGCAGGCAGAACAUUUCCCAUUACGCCCAUGGAUUACGUGAAGGAAGUGCUGCUCGAGGACAACAUUAAAGUGUGCAUAACGCGCUUUUCGCCCAUCAAUCUGAACUUUUGGAUACUGGGCGAUGUGUUUCUGGGGCGCUAUUACACGGUCUACGAUGCGACAGAGAAGCGAGUCGGUCUGGCUAGAGCCGUGCCAGAUGUUGCAAUGGGAGGGUAGAGUUCAAAUGCUAGAAAUUCAGUGACCCACAGAUCAAAGUACACAUUUUUGUGACUGUUUUCCGUGUACGAGUAACCGAGAAAAAUAAAUUCAAAUA